AUGAUGAGCGAAUUAAUUCUUAAACGAGAAAGCUUCUGUAUUCAAUUGAAACGUACUCAAUAAGAAAAAAUAUUUAAGGGUAAGAGGUAAACAUUCUAUUCAAAAGAACAAUUAUUGUAACUCAUCUAAGAAAAUAAAGAUUAAGACUCAUUUAAUAAAAUAUUGCAUGCAUCUGAAGGAUCAAAACAAUAAAUAAAAGACUUAAUUGAAAUUGGAGCAAUUUAAUAUUUUUAAAAUUUCUUUAACUCUUCUCAAAAAGAAUUAGCAAUAAUAGGUUUAUCAAAUUUAUACUCUUAAAAUACACUCUAAGUUUCAAGAUAAGAUUUUAUGUUUGUUAAAACUAUGUUAGUUGAAGUCCAUAAAUAUCAUAAAAUUGACUAAUUAGUUUCAAGACUUAGAUUUCUUAAUGUAAUAACAUAAUAUUGUUCAGAUUCAUCAUUUUUUGAAGAAGAUCCUAAAUUAAAAGAAAAUUUAUAUUAGAUUUUUUCCCACUACUAAUAAACAUAUCCCCAAAUAUUCAAAAUUUAAGAAGAAUGUUUUAAAGGAUUUUUAUCCUUAGCUUCUGUAUAAUUUUUUUAAAUUGAAAUUUUACAAUUAUGUUGUGAUAAUUUAAAUAAAGGAAUCGAUCUAAUUAUUCUUUAAUUAAUUUACUACACUAUUGACGAUAAUGUAGAAUUUAUUAAUAUUUUAAAUAAAAGUACAUUCAUUUAAUAAUGUUCUAAACAUCUAAAAAUAAGUGAUCGAUAAGAAUUUGUACUAGGCAUUCUUUAUUAUUAUUCCUAAUAUUAUGUUGAAAAAAUAAUUAACGAUAAUGAAUUGGUUUAGUAAAUAUUGAUUAUUUAGAAUUCUUAUAAACAUUAAAGAUUAAUUUUAUUAUUGCAUUAUUAAAUGUUAUUAUAAUGCCCUAGAGCACUUUUCAUGAAAAUCUUUAAAGAAUUUGAAGUAGUUAAUAAUUUGAAACUCCUUUUAGAAUCAUUUAAAUUUUAAGAAUAAGUUUUAUUAGUGAUCGCUUUGUUGAAACAAACAAAAACAAACCUUAUUGAAGAAUUAUUGCCUAAUUUGGAGAAUUUAAUGUUAAAAUAAGGAAUAUGUGACAGAAUUGCUCAAAAAUUAUAAUUAAUUUUAGAUUGA